AUGCUUCAUUGCACAUUAGGAAAACCAGGAAAACCCUUGGGCGAAGACGCCCACUUCAUCUGCCAUGAUGUCCAGACCAUUGGAGUGGUGGACGGUGUCGGUAGCUGGGCCAGGAAAGGCGUCAACGCUGGUGAGUAUGCGAGGGGACUCAUGAACCACACCAAGAAACACAGCCACGGAUAUAACCCGAUCAUCCGCUGUCGUCGUGGAUCCAAGAAAGGUGUUGAACGAAGUCUUGGGGUGGUUCUGGUGGAGCCAGAGUACGGCCGUGUUGAAAUUUGUGUUACAAAAACAGAUAGAGUUGACGCUGAAGAUGAGCUUGAGGGUGGUAAGGGGAUUAUGGGACCAAGCCAAGGGAAGAAGUUGCUUCAGAUAUUUAAGGCAGAGUGGAUUAGUAUACCUCCAAGGUCUAUUUCAAAGGGAAGGCAAGUUGUAGAAGGAGGAUAA